UAAGAUUCUACUCAUGAAUUUUGUUGGAGGUGAUCAUUGUCCUUUUUGAUCGACCAAUAAAUCACACUUCCUUUCCCUACCAUCAAACCUUAAUUUCUAGAUCAUGGCAUCCUCUGUUUUGUUCAUCACAAUUUUCUCUGCUCUAAUUUUUCUGUCCACCCAAACGCUGUCUCAGCACACCCAACUGUUCUAUCCUGGAUUCAAUGCAUCCACCAACUUGACUUUGAAGCAAUAUGCAGGAAUCGAGAACAAUGGAGUUUUGAGACUCACCAAUUAUUCCCCUGAUAUCAUCGGCCAGGCCUUUUACGCCACUCCAAUUCAGUUCAAAAACUCCUCCACCGCCGCACACGGUGGUAGUAGCAACGGCAAAGUUUUUUCUUUCUCCACCUGUUUUGCCUUCUGCAUCAUCCCUGAGGACGAUAACUAUGUCGGCCAUGGCUUCACUUUCGCCAUCGUACCUUCUAAAAAUCUUAGUGCUCUUUCACAGACGUAUCUCGGCCUCUUCAACAGAAAACCCUCAACCCAUAUCUUUGCGGUUGAAUUCGAUACCAUCCAGACUGUUGAGGUUAAAGACAUCGACAAUAAUCAUGUGGGUAUCGAUUUAAAUAGCUUGAUUUCCAAUGUCUCUAAACAUGCUGCUUAUUUUGAUGAUUCUGGUCAGCUUUAUAAUCUGACUCUCAAAAGUGGGAAGCCUGUUAAAGCUUGGAUUGAUUAUGAUUCUCGUGAAUUCACUCUCAAUGUUACGAUUUCCCCUUUUUAUUCAAAACCCAGAAAGCCACUUCUGUCGUACAGAGUGGAUCUUUCGUCAAUUUUUAAUGAAAAUAUGUACAUUGGAUUUACUGCUUCAACGGGUAUACUGGCUCAUAGCUCGCAUUAUAUUUUGGGGUGGAGUUUCGCCAUUAAUGGCAAAGCUCGAGAUCUUGAGCUCUCUUCGCUUCCAUUACCCAAACAGAGGAAAACAGGGGCGAAAAUCAGUCUCUCUGUUUAUUUGUCUGUAACAGCGGCGAGUUUUUUUGCGAUCUCUGUUUUCGCUUUUGGUAUUCAUUUCUUAAGGAAGCAUAAGAAAUCUAAUGAAAUCGAGCUGUGGGAGCUUCAAAUGGGACCCCAUCGUUAUUCCUACAGAGAACUCAAAAAGGGUACUAGAAAUUUCAGCGAGAAGGAGAUUCUUGGGUUUGGUGGAUCUGGGAAAGUAUACAGAGGAACCCUUCCGAUUUCGAAAACAGAAAUCGCGGUGAAGCGAAUUUUUCAUAAUUCGAAACAGGGUCUCCGGGAAUUUGUGACGGAAAUCGCUACAAUCGGAAGGCUCCGUCACCGGAAUCUGGUUCAGUUGCUCGGGUGGUGUCGGCGGGGGCAGGAUCUGCUUAUUGUUUACGAAUAUAUGGCGAAUGGGAGCUUGGAUAACUAUCUAUUCGACGAUCCGAAAACAAUUCUGAAUUGGGAACAGAGAUCCAAAGUCAUUAAAGGGGUUGCCUCUGCUCUGCUUUAUCUUCACGAAGGGUACAAACAGGUGGUGAUACACAGAGACGUGAAGGCGAGCAAUGUGUUGUUAGACGGCGAAUUGAACGGGAGAUUGGGGGAUUUCGGGCUUGCGAAGGUGUACGAUCAUGGGUCUGUUCCGGUUACGACUCGAGUCGUCGGAACUUUGGGUUAUUUGGCACCGGAGCUGCCAAGAACAGGGAAAUCAACGACGAGCUCCGACGUAUACGCGUUUGGGGCUCUGAUGUUGGAAGUAGUUUGUGGGCGGCGGCCAGUGGAGGUGAAGGCGUUGCCAGAGGAGAUGACGUUAGUGGAUUGGGUUUGGGACAAAUACAGAGAAGGGCGGCUUUUGGCCGUCGUCGAUCCGAAGCUCCGGGGAGACUACGACGAGGUUGAGGCGGCAAUGGUAUUAAAAUUGGGGGUUAUGUGUUCGAAUAAUGAACCGAAGCAACGGCCGAGUAUGAGGCAGAUUGUGCAGUGUUUGAACGGAGAAAUUGGCGUCGCCGACGAGUGGAAGGCGCCCGACGGGGGGAGCAACGGUGGGGCGGUGGGGGAUUUUGUCGUGUCUUUUACGUCUUUAUCCAUUACCUGAUAAAGCUCGCGUUAAUUAUUAUAAGCAUAAUUAUGCUAAUUUUCUCUUCU